GUUAGCCAAUGUGCGUAGCCGUAGGGCUAUGGGGUGUGGGUUAUGGGGUAUGCUGUAGAGUCACAUGAUUGUUUUAGCUACCUAGGAUUGUGUUUCCUGUCCUGUUACAACCAUGCCUACAACUCAGCAGUCCCCACAAGAUGAGCAGGAAAAGCUCCUCGAUGAAGCAAUUCAAGCAGUGAAGGUGCAGUCUUUCCAGAUGAAACGAUGCCUGGACAAAAAUAAACUCAUGGAUGCUUUGAAGCAUGCUUCUAACAUGCUUGGUGAACUCCGGACAUCUAUGUUGUCCCCAAAGAGCUAUUAUGAACUCUAUAUGGCAAUUUCUGAUGAAUUACAUUAUUUGGAGGUAUAUCUGACCGAUGAGUUUGCCAAAGGGAGAAAAGUGGCUGAUCUUUAUGAACUUGUGCAGUAUGCUGGAAAUAUCAUCCCGAGACUGUACUUGCUUAUCACUGUUGGUGUUGUUUAUGUGAAGUCAUUUCCUCAGUCUAGGAAGGACAUUCUUAAGGAUCUUGUUGAGAUGUGCCGUGGGGUGCAGCAUCCACUGAGAGGCCUGUUUCUCAGAAAUUACCUCCUUCAGUGCACCAGAAAGGAGGAAACAACUGGAGACAUCAAUGACUCUAUGGACUUUGUUCUGCUAAACUUUGCAGAAAUGAAUAAGCUUUGGGUGCGAAUGCAGCACCAAGGACAUAGUAGAGACCGAGAAAAAAGGGAACGAGAAAGACAAGAGCUACGGAUUUUAGUAGGAACAAACUUGGUGCGCCUUAGCCAACUUGAAGGAGUUAAUGUUGAGAAAUACAAGCAGAUUGUUCUGCCUGGAAUUCUGGAGCAAGUUGUAAAUUGUAGAGAUGCCUUGGCUCAGGAGUACCUCAUGGAGUGUAUAAUACAGGUAUUUCCAGAUGAAUUUCACCUUCAGACACUCAACCCCUUUUUGCGUUCCUGCGCCGAACUACACCAAAAUGUAAAUGUCAAAAAUAUAAUCAUUGCCUUGAUUGAUAGAUUAGCAUUGUUUGCUCACCGAGAAGAUGGUCCUGGGAUACCAGCAGACAUCAAAUUGUUUGACAUUUUUUCACAGCAAGUUGCAACAGUUAUACAGCAUUGCCACAAGUAGUGCAGUGUCAAAAGAGCUAACAAGGCUUCUAAAGAUCCCCAUCGAUACUUACAACAACAUUCUGACAGUAUUAAAACUAAAGCAUUUUCAUCCGUUGUUUGAGUAUUUUGACUAUGAGUCCAGAAAGAAUAUGAGCUGCUAUGUGCUUGGUAAUGCUUUGGAAUACAACACAGAAGUAGUAUCGCAAGAACAGGUCGAUGCAAUCCUGAACUUGGUAUCUACAUUAAUUCAGGAUCAGCCUGAUCAGCAGGCUGAAGAACCAGACCCAGAAGACUUUGCAGAAGAACAGGGCCUAGUUGGUAGAUUUAUUCAUCUUUUGAUGUCUGAUGACCCAGACCAGCAGUUUUUGAUACUCAAUACUGCUCGAAAACACUUUGGAGCUGGGGGUAAUCAGAGGAUCCGAUUCACAUUACCUCCUUUGGUGUUUGCAGCCUAUCGUCUGGCUUUCCGUUAUAAAGAAAAUUCCAAAGUGGAUGACAAAUGGGAAAAGAAGUGCCAGAAAAUAUUUUCAUUUGCACAUCAGACCAUUAGUGCUCUAAUCAAAGCUGAACUUGCAGAGCUACCACUCCGACUUUUCCUGCAGGGAGCUCUCGCAGCUGGAGAGAUUGGAUUUGAAAAUCACGAAACAGUGGCUUAUGAAUUCAUGUCUCAGGCAUUUUCCUUGUAUGAAGAUGAAAUUAGUGAUUCAAAGGCACAGCUGGCAGCUAUUACUCUAAUAAUUGGGACAUUUGAGCAAAUGAAGUGUUUCAGUGAAGAAAACCAUGAGCCUUUGAGGACACAGUGUGCUUUAGCGGCUUCCAAACUUUUGAAAAAGCCUGAUCAGUGCCGAGCUGUUAGCACAUGUGCGCAUUUGUUUUGGUCUGGAAGAAACACAGACAAAAAUGGAGAAGAGAUUCAUGAUGGCAAAAGAGUAAUGGAGUGCUUAAAAAAGGCACUCAAGAUAGCAAACCAGUGCAUGGAUCCUUCACUGCAAGUUCAGCUGUUCAUUGAAAUUCUGAACAGAUACAUCUAUUUCUACGAAAAAGAAAAUGAUGCGGUGACAGUUCAAGUUUUAAAUCAACUUAUACAGAAGAUAAAAGAAGACCUUCCAAAUUUAGAAUCCAGUGAAGAAACUGAACAGAUCCAUAAACAUUUCCACAACACCUUGGAGCAUUUACGUCUAAGAAGAGAAGCACCAGAAUCUGAUGGUCCAAUUUAUGAAGGCCUUGUUCUGUAAAAAUAAAAAAAGCUUUAUUCUUUGUUUGACCUCUUCCAUUAUUUCUUUUGACACUGCUUUAUUUUUAAUUUAGUCUUAGAUGUUUCUAGACUGUGCCUUUCAGAGCCGCCGUCAAAGUUGCCAAUCUUAUAUUUGUACUUUACCAGCCCAGCACUUGCAAAUGUUGGCAUUUAUUGAAUUCAAUUUACAACUUGGACAGUUCUUCAUUUCUUCUUCUGGGUAUUUUGACAAAUUGUUGAUUUUUCACUUAGCAUGACUUGGUAGAACUGCUAACGCAGUUUAUCCUUUUAGAAGAGAACCAUUGUCCUAAUGUAAUUUUAUGUACAUUCUGAUACCGCUUCUGCAUUUUGUUUACCAUAGAAUUCCAACUUUGCAGAAGCUACUUACUUAUUUAUGUGUUACAUUUAAUAGAUCGCUGAAUUUACAGUGAGUAACAUGUAGGAGCUUUGUAUAUCAGGCUGUAUUUGAACUUUUCAUUUGAAAACUCAUUUCUUCAGAGUAUUGCAUAAUGCAUGUAUGAAGAGUUCUAAGCACCUGGUUCAAAUGCAAAAACUAUAUUUUGCUUAACACUGCAGUCCAUUCAGGACCACAUCAGUACACCUAAUAUUUCAAAGACUUUUUGUUCUGUAUUGAAUAAAAAAUGAAUUUGUGAACUAUUAAGUGAAAGUAAAACCAUUCCUAUUGUAAAUUUUAAAAAGUGUAUUUACACCUCAAUAUUACUUUAUUAACACAAGUGAAAAUAAAUGGCUAUUAACUAUU